AUGUUUCGCGCAACUGUUGUAUUCAACUGCUACCGACAAAAUUCUUUCAGAAGCACUCGAUAUAUUUGUAAAAAGUGCGUGUGUACGACUUGCGGCAACCUACUCAGCUAUUUGAACAGGAGGUAUGGUGGGUCAACGGAGGGAGAUGAAAGUGUUUGCAAUGAAUCGGAGCCCCAGCAGCACUACACUGACAUAAGCCAAAUCGCAAACGAACGUCUUCUCGGAUGUCCACAAUGUGCGAAAUAUCGAGGAUCGAGAAAAUCGAGAAUCGGUGCGGAAGGCGAUUGA